CACCAAACGCGAACAACUAUCAUCACUUCAGCCUGGGUUCCUGCAUCUUCAUCCCGUCUUGCGACAAGGAACAGAACGGACAGGAAAGCAAGCGUCUGCAACCAUGUCAGCAAACUUUGAACUAGAUGAGGAGCUCAACAAUGUCCAGCAGGACUCUGUCCACAUCUCGCAGGAAAUCUCUAUUGAGGGAGAGAACCAAAAGACCCUGGAGCGAAUACUGAACGAAAUCGUGGACACACUGCAGGAGGCUUCAGGCAACAUCACUGACAGCACUACAUUCGACCAAAUCAGGAGUUUCAUCAAACAUUUUAACACGCUUAAGAAGACUACCGCAACAAAAGUCUGGGACAUUAUUCUUUCAGGAUUCAACUCUGAAAUCGUAUCGACAGCACAAGACCUGGACAUCAAUGACCAAGACAUGUAUAUGCAGCACCGAGAACCGCUGGAGAUGUAUGGCUUCUUGAUGUUUUGGGUCAUUGGCAUUACAGAGCAAAAGGCCACCUCCCGAGCAGCAGCAGCAGAAAAAUCUGGAAAGGCCACGCGUGGUAAAGGGGCACGGUCGGCAAAGGAUAAUGAUGAUUCAGAGCAAGGAACUUCCACUUGGACGACCGAGAAACAAAAGGCGAUGGACUUGAUGAGCAAGUGCCUGGAGCUGCAACUUUCCAAAAUUUGGACCGCGACGCACGAAAAGGAGACAUUUAUCAGCUUAUUCUUCAAACCCGCAUACCAAAUUCUGGAGAACAAGGAGAAUGUCAAGAUCUCGGCGCUUAAGCAGCGCGUCUACAACGUCCUCUGUAUCUGUAUCAAGCGUCACAACCAUGAAUUCGGCGCAAAAACGACCAUCUUGCAAAACCUUCAGUACUGGGAACAUACACCGGAACCUAUGGCGGAACUGUUGGUGAUGUUAAUCAACGACUACGACUAUUCACAACUGGCAGACAGUAUUUUGCGGGAGGUCAGCGCAAAAGAAUUCGGCGAGACAAAUAAGGAUGUCAGCGUCCCACGGGCGUUCUCCAAGUUCUUGGUGAAAUUAUCGGAGCUUGCGCCAAAGUUGGUUCUGAAGCAGAUGGGACUUUUGAUUGACCACCUUGAUGGAGAGUCCUAUAUCAUGCGCCAAGCUAUUGUCGAGGUUAUCGGAAACUUAAUCGCCUAUCUGUCUGAGAUCGAGCAAACAGAGCAAGUUAAGAAUCAGAUUGAUGGAUUCUUCGAUAUUUUGGAAGAGCGCUUCAUGGACAACAAUUCCUACGUGCGUACAAAACUGCUUCAGAUCGCCGGACAGCUGUGUGACCUGCGUGUCAAGUUCCCUAAGCGCCGACAGCGAUUGACGGAGCUCGUUAUUGGACGGCUCUCAGACAAGAGUUUCUGGUCGCGAAAGCAGGCCAUCAAGACUUUGGUGCGUAUGAUUGAAACUCACCCUUACUCGAUGCAUGGUGGAGAACUUGACUUGGAAGAGUGGGAAAUCCAGUACACCGAAGUCACGGACGAAUUGAAGGCGAUGAUUACUAAGCCUUCAAAGAGGAGAGCGGCUCUCAGGAGCGCGGAUGAAAAUGCAGGCAGCAUGGAGGUGGAUGGAGUAGACCCCGGUGCUGAAGCCGAUGACGACGAUGACAAAGACAUUGCUCUCCCUACAGACGAAGAGCUGCUGGAACUGCAGUCAUCCAAGGAGUACGUGACCAAGACUCUUCAGCAGCGAUACUACGCAGACGCGAUCCGAUUUAUUCACCUGAUCCACCGCGCGGUGCCUGUCAUGUGUGAGCUGUUGGCGUCCACCAUGAAGCUGGAAGUCGUAGAGGCGAUGGAGUUCUUCGUUACCAUUCAUCGAUAUAAAGUCCGCGCUGCUAACGACGGAAUCCGCAAAAUGGUGCACCUUGUAUGGAUGAAAGACAGCGGUGAUGAGGCCAAAAGCGUUCGCAGUCGUCUCAUGGAGUGCUACUGGCAGAUCUAUCUCGCUCCGGACGACAGCCUGACGGAGAAAGAGAAUACCGCCCUGAUUGCAAGAAACCUGGUCAGCCUUACAUAUGGCAGUACCUUGGCAGAGUUGACGUCGUUAGAACAGUUACUGAGCACCAUCGUUGCGGAUUCGAUAGCGCAUGCGAGUGAUAUCACCAUUUCGGAUGAGGUGGUUGAAAAACUGUGGCAGGUCUACAGCCAUCAUAAGGACAUUCCGAACCCACAGCGUCGGGGGGCCAUCAUUAUCCUGGGCAUGCUGGCUAAAGCCAAGCCUGACAUUGUGGCACAAAAGAUUGAGACGAUUCUCAAGAUCGGCCUCGGCAAACAUGGCAAGGCGGACCUCGCUCUAGCUCGCUAUUCCUGUAUUGCCCUGCAGCGCAUCGCCGGAGAGAAGAAGAAGCAGAAAGGUGUUAUCGGACAAGAUACUGUACGGCUACCAAUGGAUCAUCCGAUAUUUAUCAAGCUCAGCAAUCUGAUCGACUACCCCACUACGUCCAAGAAUUGGUUUGCUGUGUCGGAACAGGCAUUGAACACGAUAUACUUACUUGGUGAACACCCUGAUAUUCUCUGCGGCGAUAUCAUUAAGAAGAGGUGCAAAGCCAUCUUCAGCUUGCAGGAUCCGGGCGAUUCGCCUCUUGAUCAUAUGUCGAUCGAUGCACCCAUGAACUCUUUGGGUGAGGAUACAACUAUGAACAUGAAUACGGAAACUGCAUUUGUGAUCGAUUCCUGGCAGCUUAGUCAACUUCUCUUCAUUGUGGGCCAUGUGGCGAUCAAGCAUAUUGUCCAUAUGGAGGUGAUUGAGGAAGAGUUCAAACGACGAAAGGCCGCUGCUGGGAACGACAAGAAGAAGGGCAAGGAUAGUGCUGUGGAUGAUGAGCUGGAUCAGGUCGUUGGGACUACCGAGGACGAGUUUGGCGAUGCGAUGGCGCAUAUUCGAGAGAGGGAGCUGUUGUUUGGCGAGAGUAGUUUGCUGCAAGUAUUUGGACCACUGAUUGUCACCAUCUGCGGCAACAAUACGCUGUAUGCGGACAAGACGCUCCAGAGUUCCGCCGCGUUGGCGCUGUGCAAGCUGAUGUGUAUCUCGGCUGAAUUCUGCGAACACAACUUGCAACUCUUGUUCACGAUCCUGGAGAAAUCCACAGAGCCGACAAUUCGAUCCAACAUCAUCAUUGCACUCGGAGACAUGGCUGUCUGCUUCAACAACCUUAUCGAUGCCAAUAUCGCCUAUCUCUACAAGCGACUAUCAGACUCGGAUGCAGCGGUGAAGAAAAACACGUUGAUGGUGCUCACACAUUUGAUUCUGAACGGCAUGGUUAAGGUCAAAGGUCAGCUCGGAGAGAUGGCUAUCUGCCUCGUUGACGAGGAUGCGCGUAUCAGCGAUCUGGCCCGUCUGUUCUUUACGGAGCUGACCAGCAAGGACAACGCCGUGUACAACAAUAUGCCCGAUAUCAUCAGCCAUAUGUCGAACGCCAGCAUCGACGAGGAGUCGUACCGGAAGAUUAUGAGGUUUCUGUUCGAAUUGAUUAAGGAGAAGAACAUGGAGUCGAUGACGGAGAAGUUGUGCCAACGAUUCAAGAAUACGGAUGAGCCCCGAGGAUGGAGAGAUAUCGCGUUCUGUCUGUCCAUGCUGCCAUUCAAGACUGAGAAAAGCUUCAAGAGACUGCUUGAGGGAUUUCCAAACUACCAGGAUAAGGUUCACGAAGAGCAAGUGUUCAAGUAUCUCACAGACAUCAUAGCCAAGGGAAGAGCCAUCAAACCACCUAAGCCAGAGAUGAAGCCAGUGAUAGAUGAGUUUGAGGCUAAACUCAAGGAGGCUAAGGCUAAGGGCGACGAGGUUCAGGAGACGGAGGCGAAGGCGAUCACAGCGGUCAAGAAGGGUACGCGUAAGGGUGGCCGCAAAGCCGGUAGCACGUUGGCUGGGUUGAAGGUCAAGGGUGUUCCAGAGGCAUCCAUGGCUCCUGCAUCUGACAAGAGGACGCGACAAUCCAGGAGAGACACACGUGGUGAAGGCUAUGACGAAGAUGAGAUGGAAGAAGACGAAGCUUUUGACGAUAAGGAGGCAGAAGUGGAGGAAGGCAUGGAGAAGUUGGCUGUACAGGACACGGAACCCAAAGUGCGAUCAUCCCGAAGGCAGCAGCAGGUUAAACCAAAGCAGGGACGCUUGGAUGCAGAUGGAGAUGCUCACAUGGAUGACAACAAUGCGGUGGUCUCUGGUGCCGAUGAGGAGGGUCUUGAAGAGGAACGUGUCGAGGUUUCUAUCAAGCAAAGCAAGCGAACGUUAGCACCGACCGCCGUCUCCAAGGCUUCCACAGCCAAAAGUAAACCAGCCUCGCGCAAGAAGAGUAGCAAGAAGAAAAAAUGGUCAGAUAAUGAAGACGAUACAGAGGAGGAGGAAGCAGAGGAGCCGGAGUACGUGGAGGAAGAUGAAGAGGAGGAAAAAGAGGCCCUGAUGCGCAAACCAGCUAAAAAGACGUCAAGAGGGGCAUCGAGCAAAGAAGUAGCGGCCGUACCCCCUACACGGUCAAAACGGGCUGCAGCAUCGCGGGCGCGUCGCAUCAUUGAGUCGGACGAGGAUGGAGACAGCGGUGAGGAUGACGGCUAGUAGAGGCACCAUAGCCGCCAUGCGUCCCCCAUUAUACAUGUCAAUGCGACCUCCACGUGU